UCAGCGGCGGCGUCAGAGCGCCCGGCCGGGCCCGGCAGCGCCCGACGCCACCCUUUUGGCCACAGCUUUGGCCGGCCGCUUCUGAGGGGGUGGGGAGGGGGAAGGAAGCGAGGUGGCGGCAGGCGGGCGCCGCCGCCGAAGAAGAAGGAGGAGGAGGAGGAGGCGGCGGCAACAACACCCCCAUUCCUGGAUGAGCGAAGGAAAAUGAACAUUAUGGACUUCAAUGUGAAGAAGCUGGCGGCCGACGCCGGCACCUUCCUCAGCCGCGCUGUGCAGUUUACAGAAGAGAAACUUGGUCAAGCAGAGAAAACUGAAUUGGAUGCACACUUAGAAAAUCUUCUGUCUAAAGCAGAAUGUACUAAACUAUGGACAGAAAAGGUUAUGAAACAGACAGAAGUUUUACUGCAACCUAAUCCAAAUGCUAGAAUGGAAGAGUUUGUCUAUGAGAAACUAGACCGCAAAGCACCAAGUCGUGUGAAUAACCCAGAAUUGCUGGGCCAGCACAUGAUUGAUGCUGGAAAUGAAUUUGGUCCAGGAACAGCAUAUGGAAAUGCUCUCAUUAAAUGUGGAGAAACACAGAAACGAAUUGGAGCAGCAGACAGAGAACUAAUUCAGACGGCUGCAAUAAACUUUCUCACCCCUCUAAGAAAUUUUAUAGAAGGAGAUUACAAAACAAUUACUAGAGAACGCAAACUAUUACAAAACAAACGACUAGAUUUGGAUGCUGCCAAAACUAGACUGAGAAAGGCAAAGGUAGCAGAAGCUCGAGCUGCACAACUAAACCUCUCACCACCUGAGGAAAAUAACAUUAUGGUAAAUGUCUCUUACAUGCUCAACUUGCUGCAUGUAAAAUGGCUGCAGGUUUGGGCAGAAGAAGUGACAAAAUCUGAACAGGAAGUCAGGAUAGCCCAGAGUGAGUUUGAUCGGCAAGCAGAAAUUACAAGACUUCUCUUGGAAGGUAUCAGCAGUACACAUGCACAUCACCUUCGCUGUUUAAAUGAUUUUGUAGAAGCUCAAAUGACCUAUUAUGCACAGUGUUACCAGUAUAUGUUGGAUCUUCAGAAACAACUUGGAAGCUUUCCAUCCACAUUCCUCGCCAACAACAACCAGUCGACUUCAACCUGUGUUCCCAGUAGUUCUAAUACAACUACAGCUGCAUCCUCUGUCUCUGUCACAGCCUCCCUGUCUUCACUAAGCAAUGUAGCAGUUCCUUCAGGCUUUGGUGAACUGAAGUCAUCAAGUGGUAGCAGGAAAGCCCGAGUUCUUUAUGACUAUGAUGCUGCAAACAGCACUGAAUUAUCCCUUCUUGCCGAUGAGGUAAUAACAGUGUACAGUAUCCCUGGUAUGGAUUCAGAUUGGUUGAUGGGUGAACGAGGAAAUCAGAAGGGCAAAGUGCCUAUUACUUACUUAGAACUGUUAAACUGAAUAGCUGGCAUUUAUAAAGACUGCCAGUGAUGGUGAGACCAUAUUUAUAUGCAAUUAACUUUAUAUAAAGCAGGUUUAAGUGUCUUCCAUGUUAAUGUCUUAAUGAAUGAGAGUAUCUGCCAUUCGGAGUGGGCUUUUUGGUCCAGUAUUGAAUGGUAGUGCUCUCUUCAGAUGUAAGUUUAAAUGCUUUUACUUUGUGUGCCAAGAUUGUUUCCUACAGAACUUUGUUUCUACUGGAAUUUUCACUAACAACAAACUUGUACUUUUGAGUAAUCUAAACCUGAAAACAGGAGAAAUUGUUUCUACAGAACUUUUCAUAAUGCAGGCUUCUUCACAAACAAUAAAUUGUUAAACCGUG